AUGGCUAAUGCUAGGUCUCAGUCAUGGCGCGACGAGCACCUUGGGGAGGAGGAAACCUCGGCCAGUGCGUCAGAUGCCGACUCUGACCUUGAAGAGCUUGAGGGAGACAUCGCCAGAUUUGAUGAGUCAGUCCGACAGUUUCUCGCCACACAUAAUGGCGGCACAGAGCCAGCCGCUGUCCCAUCAGCUCAACCCUCCACGCGAGGGGCACCUAGAGGUCGUGGUGCUCGCGGACCUAGGAAAGCAGCUAAACCUAGAGGAGAUAUCACAGCCCGGCUGGCCAAAGUGAACCAGGCCUUUCUCGCUGGAGACUAUGCGACAGCUCUCACGCUCGCCUCUGAAGUUAUCAGGAUCAAUGCUGAGACGCACCAAGCGUGGACAUCUCUCGCUUCCAUCUUCGCGGAGAUUGGCGAGAUCACCAAAUCCUUGUCCGCUAUGGUGUACGCUGCCCAUCUCCGUCCCAAGGACGUUCCAGGCUGGCUAAGGUGCGCAUCUUUUGCACUAGACAACAUUGAAGAAGACGUCGAGGGAAACUUGCACACAGCGCGCCUUUGCUACUCUGCUGCCUUGAGGGCCGACUCAUCUAACUUGGAUGCUCGGAUUGGUAAAGCCACGGUGUGUCAUCGGCAGGGCCAUCUGGGAGCAGCUAUAAUGGAUUAUAAAGCUGUUCUCAAACACCGCCCUCACGACUUAGACUUGGUAAGAAAGCUUGCAGAGGCUUGCCUUGACAAUAAGCACAUAGAAUCGUCUGUCUCGGCUGCUAUUGCUUCUUAUAGACGCUAUUUUGAUCUCGAAAUCGGAUCAGUAUUGACACAAGCUGAUGAGCCCCCAUGGCAUGAUAUUGGGAUAUAUGUCGAACUUUUUGCUUCUGUUGGUCGCUACGAUGAAGCUAUUUCUGAGCUAAAGUCCCUUGCACGAUGGGCCGUUGGUCGAUCAUCAGAAUCAUACUGGGAUCAGUGGCAAGGCGAUGACCGCGAAUGGGAUGAAGGAAAUGAUAGGCGACUUGGUGUUCCAGAAUUCACCUCCAGCCCAGGAAAUCACAUGCUCUACGGUGUCAGUCUGCCCCGAGACCUCCGAGCUCGUUUGGCUAUCUAUCGUCUGGGCAUCGGGCAGGAUUCUGAAGCAUUUGAGCACCUAAACUGGCUGGAUCCAACUGAACACCAUACUCGGGAUUUUGUUGGUGACUUCCCUUUUCUUGCAUUCGACGUGGCCUCCGAGCUUUACCGCCAUGCGCAUUUCAGCUUGGCCGCCAAAUUUUUGGAAGUUCUUCGAGAAGUGUCCGGAGAGCCUGAUGCGACAGUUCUACUGGAACUUGGGCGGUGUUAUCUAGCCACUGGCGGAAACGCUGCUGCCGAAGAGUGCUUCCUUACAGCUAUUGAGGUGGAUGAAGAGAGCAUCGAUGCUCGCAUUGAGCUUGCAAAUAUGUAUGAGAAAGCCAAAGAAGAUGAAGAGGCCCUCAUCCUGGCAGCCGAGGCUAUGGCCCUCCAAGAAGCCCACGAUCAGCCAUUAACAGGUACACGUCAAAGUGAACUGGCAUCACAUCGACGCCGAUCACAGGACGGUGCAGGCUCACGUGUCCGGAGACAGAAGGUAGGAGGCUUAUCCGGCAGGGCCACUAAACGGCCAGUCAUACCUCGGAGGUACCGACCAAAGAGGCUUGCCAACCCUGACAAGCGGCGUCAAGAAGAACAAGCUCAUGCUAUCAGACUCUCACGUCAGUAUUCGGCAGUAUGUGAACUGAAAAAUCAGAUCAGAUCUGGGCGGGAUGAUCUGGUCGACUCCUGGAUGCGAUCUUCUCGCGAAUUGAUCGAUGACUUCCGAUCACUGAAGAAAUUCUACUCGUGGGACAAAUACCUGAACUUCCUGAGCAGCUCAAAGAGCCCCCAGCCUUUGUCGCGCUACCAGCCUAGCUCUGAGCUGAGCCAGAUGUAUGAAAGACUAACACGAACUCUUGCUCCUCAGCCUGAUCUAUCAACUAAAGAUACGCUGCCCAAUUUCGAGAAUAAUGGUCACCAAGGCAUAUCCUUUGAUGAGUGGUUGAAUUUAUUUCUUGAUUAUGCUGUGGGAUUGGCUGCGGCACAUCGACGAGAAGAGUCAUAUUCAGUAUGCGAGGCUGCAAAAGAUUCAACUGUAUUCCAAUCGCCUAACCACAACUUUGCAAUAUACGUUGCAUGGAGCGUAUGCGCAAUAUACACAAGUGAUGAAGAGAAAUGUAUCAGCAUAGCUCGACACCUGAUGAAGGACGGGGCAAUAUCGGAUUCUCAUCGAAUGUUUGCACUAUUGUCAACACUCUGCCAAUCGCCCAUUUCUUGGUACACUUCUGGCCCAGCACAGAAAUUUAUUUUGAGACAGAUUAAAGCUAUCGAUUCUGCACACUUGGGUGGCACUGGGGCCCAGAAUGGAAACGAAAGUGCCAACGUCGCAGUUCCGGUAGACGUCAACUUGGAUGUCUGUUUGUUGAUGCUUUAUGGCCAUAUUCUUUUCACAUCAACUAGUUAUACAUUUGCUUUGGGCUAUUUCCUACGAGCGCGGGCUCUUGACCCAGAGAAUCUCAUGGUGAACCUGAGCCUUGGCCUGGCAUAUGUCCACUACGGCCUCAAGCGACAGUCAGCAAAUAGGCAAUAUCUAAUUUUGCAGGGGCAGGCAUUUAUAGAUCAAUAUGUUGACGCACAGCGACGACAAGCAAACGGCCAACACCAAGCCGAAGUUUUCUAUAACAUUGGGAGAUUAUUCCAUCUUCUUGGAAUCGCCUCUGUGGCCAUGGACUACUAUGAACAAGCAUCCCGGGCGGCAGCGUUGCAUAGUGACAGGAGCAGUGCUGAGGAUAUUCGCAGCAUUAGCAGAAUCAAUCAGGUGAUAUCACUGCUGAGUGUAGGGAAUAACAAAUUGGCUUUGGGACUUUUAAAGAAGGAGAUUAUUAUUUAA